AUGCUAUUGCGUGCAUCGAAGGCAUACGAGGAAAUAUUCGGACUACACGACAACAAGACCCUCGAUGCCCUCGAGUACCUUGGUACCACCUAUCGGCAGACGGGGAAAUUGCAGGAGGCUGAGAGUACAUAUAACCGCGUUCUGGAAGGUCGGACAGCCCUGUCAGGUCCAGAUCAUCCGACAACACUGGUAGCGAUGAACCGACUGGGCGGGGUAUAUAAAUGCCAAGGCAGACUAAAUGAGGCCGAGGAGAUCGCCAGAAAAGUAUGGAAAGUCUUCGAUAAAACCGAAGGACCUGAACACAUAUCGACAAUCAGAGCUUUCGUGUCGCUCGGGAAUAUUGCGCUUAGACGAAAUGAUAUCACCAAGGCGGCCAAUAUCUACGCAGCUGCACUGGACCAUUGCAAGGUAGCACUUGGACCCGAUCACUCAUCCACGCAGACAGUAUCUAGCAACCUUGCGUUGGUUCGUAUUCGCCAAGAGAGGUACCCUGAAGCUGAGACAAUGCUCAUCGAGCUGGUGCAGCAGGUGGAGGUGUGUUACGGCCCAAAAAGUGUACGUGUCCUGGCACCACGAGUGAAUUUGGCAAAUGUCUAUACGCGCCAGAAGAAAUAUGCCGAAGCACAGGAGACGCUUUAUACACUACUCGAGAUAUACAAAGAGACAUACGGGGAGGAUCAUACGAAAACAGUCAAUAUCAUGCAACAACUGGCGUGGAAUAUGAAAAAACAGGGUAAUCUUGCCGAUGCUGGUGAGAUGCUGCAGAAUGCGCUCGUCUUGGCCGUGGGCGCCCGCGGAAAUCAGGAUCAAGUCUCUAUUGAUAUCAUGAUUGCUUUGGCCAAUGUCUUGAACCAGCAAGGUCAAUAUAUCGGCGCGCAGCGGAUCCACCACCAGCUAUAUGAAGCGUACCAGGCGAAGUUUGGCAAAAAUAACUAUCUAGCAAUCUCGUCGUUGAUUGACGAAGGGGAUAUGCUUAUCUACCAGACGAAAUAUACCGAGGCUGAGGCAAUCUUCAAGGAAUCCACUCGACGGUGCGAAAUUGUGUUUGGCGCGGAAGACGAGCGCACUAUAUACAGUCUGGUGUCCCAAUGCUAUGCAGCAUAUGGGCUGGGAAGGAUUCAAGACAUUGAGUCUCACAUCUGUCGGCUGCUCAAGGAUCUCGAUGAAGGCUCACGAUUCUGGAGCAAAAGAGCAGCCUGGCUAUUCUUUGAGAUGAGCAAAGGUUACUUGGCUAGAGGCGCGAUCAAGGAGGCAGAGCCUUUGGCAGUGAAAGCAGCUGAAAUAUCUCUCAAACUGCUCGGCCGUGGUGAUAACGAAACCAUACUGCUUGGUCUGAACCUGGACCGGGUGCGGCGACAGCUUUGGCAACAGCAGAAAGGUCUUCCUGUCGAAGACACAGUAUCGUUAACACGUGACGAGACAACUGACUCGAUGAUCAGGAGAUUGGAGCUUUCACUGAUGAAGAGUCUAAUGCGCCCAAACCCAAGUCUCCCCAGGUCCCUCCGGCUGCUAGGCACGCUGUACAAUGCAAAGUGGAGCGAGGAUGGUGCCAUGCUUCACCUGGAAAUGGCCAUUGACAAGCUUGAACUGGCGAUCUUGAUUGGGGAAAAGGACGAUGGAGAUCGGCCGGAAUGUUUGCGUGCUCUGGGCAAAGCAUACAGAGCCAGGUUCCUAUACCAGGAUACACUGGAGGACCUGCGAAAGGCCAUAGAGCUUGCCGAAGCAGCCCUGGAAUUGAAAGUCGAGCCCGACGAAUCUCGUGCAGAAUACCUCGAGGACCUCUGCCAGAAUCUGAUUGAUCUCCAUGAGCGCGCCUCGGGUCUGGAACAUCUCGAUAGGGCGAUUGAAGUUGGCUUGGAAGCAUUAUCCUUGACUCCACUAGAUCACCCCAAAAGAGGACUCUAUCUAGGCCGUCGCGCAUCGGAACUCUUAAUCCGCUACCAGGAGAUUGCAAAUCGCGACGAUCUUGAGAAAGGCAUUGAACUAAUCACGGCAGCAUUGGUCUUGACACCCAAGACUGAGUCGCAGUGGAGUAAUUUCUGUUCGAUUCAUGCAGACCUUUACAGGCAGCGAUUCAAACAAGAUGGCAAUAUAAAGGAUUUGGAAAAGGCGGUGGAUCAUGCCACAGUGGCUGUUCGCGAUGGACCGGCAGAUAGUCCACUCUUGUUGGAUUCGUUGGCACGGCAAUUGGAGUAUCGAUAUCAAGCACUUGGGAACAAGGAAGACCUCGACAAGUCAAUCGUGGCUGCAGAGAGAGCUCUCGAAGUAUGCGAGCCUGGCAGCAAAUACCGAGCGGACUAUCUCACAACACUGGGCAAUAUCCUGCUGGAGCGGUUCGAUGCAACCGGGCAUCAAGAGGAUCUUAACCAUGCAAUUCUCCAUCUAGAGAACGCCCGUGAUAUACCGAAGACAAAUGCAGUUGCUGAAGCAAGAUGCCUGAGUGGAUUAGCUACCGCAUUUACAUUAUACUACAAACGCACGGAUGACCACGCGAGUCUUGAAGCUGCUAUUCACAAUGAAAGACUGGCCCUCGAGACUCUUCCCGAUUGGUUUGAAGGAAAAUCUGAGGUGAUGAACAACAUGGCACUUCAUUUGACAGACAGGUUUCGAUGGACAAAAAUGGCCGACGAUAUCGAUGAAGCCGCGAAUCUGAACAAUAUUUCCAAUAUCAUGGAGGCUAGAUUUUAUGAGUCAAAGAACUUGAAUGAUUUGAAUUCAGCAAUCGAGAAGGCUGAAGAUACACUAUCAGCCACGCAAAUUGACCAUACCAGUCGUACAGGGCGCCUUUUCAACCUCGGUGCCAAAUAUGAUGUCCGAUAUGGAAAAAGUAAUGACCCUCAGGACCUCCAACUUGCCGCGAAAAGUUUUAUAGAUGGCUGGAGGAUCAUCCAUGGACCUCCAUUCCAUCGUGUGAUGGCUGGUUCUCAGGCCGCGCAUCGACUGAUGGAGUUGGGAAGACUAGAAGAAGCCACAACGAUCGCGAUGGAAGUCGUUGAUUUGCUUCCUCAAGUCACUAGCCGAUCACUCGGUAUCACCGACCAGCAACACGUUGUCCGCAAAUUCUCUGGGAUGGCCGGGAACGCCUGUUCCCUCCUCCUGAGCGCUGGGCGACUGCACGAAGCAUUGGAAUAUCUCGAGCGAGGACGGACUGUCAUCCUCGAUCAGUUAAUGAGCAGUCGGAUGGAUUUCUCCGACCUCGAAUCCACAUAUCCGGAGCAUGCUGCAAAAUUUCGACAACUCCAGGACGAUAUCAAUAAUACAUUCGACUGGGCAGGCGCGGGAAUUAGCGAAACGAAUUCCUUGGUUCAAAACCGUCUCGCAUCGGUUUCCAAGUUCAAUGAGUGCAUUGACGCAAUUCGUCUCUUGCCAGGACAUGAUCGGUUUCUUCUCGGGCCAACGAUUGAAACUAUGAAGUCGGGCGCAAAGGGAGGCCUGAUCGUUAUCGUCAUCAUCAGUUCCCUUCGCAGCGAUGCCAUCAUUAUCUCCGAGGAGGCAAUCGACAGUGUCGAACUUCCUGGACUAUCAUACUCGGAGACUGCCGAAUGGCUAGAGAAGGACCUGGAAGGGAGACCCAAGAAUCGCGCUGAUCGGAAAAUGCGGAACGAGCAAUACUCCGAUCUACUCCAUUGGCUCUGGGUGUCUGGUGUGAAGCCCAUCCUCGAUCAUACCGAAUUCCAACCUUCGUCAUCAGCAAGACUACCCAGAAUCUCCUGGAUAGGCUGCGGUAUGGCUAGUCUUUUACCUUUCCACGCAGCUGGUGACCGCACGCCCGGCUCCAAUGAGCAUACCUUCUCGUACGCUAUCUCCUCAUAUUCACUAUCAAUCAAAACAAUGUUCCAGGCCAGAGCCAAGUCUAGAGAGGGCAUCCCUGGUGUGCAUCCGGCCUUGUUGAUGGUUGGAAUGCCCACCACCGACGGGCACGCAUCGCUAGCUGGAGUCGAGGACGAAAUACAAGAGAUCGCAGAGGUGGUUGAGCCUUCAUUUACCGUAAAGAGUCUACUACAUCCACAGCCUUCGCUAGUGAUGUCUGAUCUUGCUUCCUAUGACAUGAUCCACUUUGCAUGUCACGCAGUGUCCGACACCAAAAGUCCCCUGAACGGUCAUCUUUUACUGCAGGGGGACACUUCAAACAGAUCUUCAAGCAAACAAUGUAGUCCGCUAACAGUCGAGACGAUCGUCAAAAUGGAUCUCAAACGUGCGCGCAUAGCGUAUCUCUCCGCAUGUUCAACGGCGGAAAACAAAGGGAAGAAACUCUUAGACGAGGCUAUCCAUCUUGCCAGUGGUUUUCAGGUCGCUGGGUUUGCUCACGUUCUGGGUACAAUGUGGCCGGCGGCUGACUCAAUUAGCCGUGAUGUUGCCGUUGGCUUAUAUGGAAACCUAGCUUCGCUCCUGUUGAAACCGGGCGUAGAUAUCGAUUGCGCGGUUGCAGAAGCGUUUCAUUUCGCGGUCAAUGAUGUUCGUACCGAAUGGGAGGAUCAACCUCUCUAUUGGGCGCAGUUUGUUCAUUUUGGGGGUUAACUGAUGUUCUGGUGUAUACCUGAAGUGUUUCAUUGAAU